AUGGACGGGCUAUCAAGCUCCAAAGUGACGGUCGAGUAUCAUGAUCCCUCUGGGGUCUUCUCGUUGAUACAGGAGGACUUGGCUGCGCGUCUGCCCCUUCGUAACUUGCACUGGAAAGCUCCUACACGGCCGUUGAGAUCUAUCGACUCUCUGCAUGUUGAUCUUGUGCCCAGUAAAGAAUCAGCACAGGCUGCAAGUACGGCCUCGUCAACUCAAGCACCUGGCCAAGGUACGCCCACUAGGAACACGGAUGAGGUUUUCAGAGCACCUAACAAAGAGAAAGAGCGGCGACAUCAGAUCCCAGGAUUGCGUCAAACUCCUUAUUUAAAGGUCUAUCUUUUGAGAUGCGACGAUUCAGAAACCUACAAGGCGGCUGCACGUAAGCAAGUUCGCGAGUGGGUGAAGGAACACACACCGCCCUCUCAAAGCAGCACGGCAAACACGCAGGAGAACCAUGAUGCUUACGAAUGGUUGAUUCUACAUGUGGUAGUGCCUGAGACGCCAGCAGCAAGCCAGCCUCGUGGAUCUUCUAGUACUACGACUGGCGAGAAGGAGAAGACUGGGGCAGCUUCUAGAUGGACGCGCGGGACCACAACCCUACUUGAAAAGCUUCGCGCGGACUUCAAUGUCUCAUCAAAAUCGGCACCUGAUCGGGUAGCUCAGAUACGGGUGCCAAAAGAGAGAGUUCCACAACACAUGCUUCCAGCCGCAGCACCUGUCACUUCACCACCUAUCACAGAAAGUCCUCAGGAACAAGAGCGUGCUUGGGCCGAUGUUAUAUCUAAGUUCAAGGUACUGAUCCUCCUCUCGUUCGACCUCCGGGUGAGUCAGUACGAAGAGGAUAUCCGGAAGAACGACGCUCAGCGCUCAUUUCCUGGCUGGAACUUCAACACGUUCUUCAUCUUGAAGGAAGGCUUGGCAAGAGGCUUCGAAAGUGUAGGCUUAGUCGAAGAUGCUCUGCUCGGGUAUGACGAGCUUUCCAUCGGUCUAGACAGUGUCAUACGUGAUCAGUCGAGUGAAAAUGCACAAGGGAGUGUUCUACUCAGCUAUUCAGAUGAUCUCUAUCAGACAGCGGCGGAGAUCGCCCAGCAGGAUGGGAAGGAAGGAUCAGGAUCGUCCAUACACGACGAUAGGCCGAUCAACGCGCUGAAGAAAGACUACCGCGGUCUCAUCCUCGCAAACAACAUCUCGAUCUUCGACUUCAGGUUAUAUAUCUUCGCUCGUCAGAUGUUCUUGCUAUUGAGACUCGGAAAUUCAGUCUCAGCACGUUCUGACCUCGCAGCUAAACUACAGCCUCGACCCAAUGCCGGCGUGAUUCAGCGAUCCACUGACGACAGCGCUAUUGGCAUGAAGUCGGGUGGUCAAUCAAACGACUCGGAGGAUCUUUUCUCCCUCGCUGAACUCUGCUCGCGUGCACUGAACUUUAUAACCUUUGCCGGGCGGCUCUUGCGAGACGAUCUACUCAGCGGUGCCAAAGCUCAUGAUGCCACAUUCCCUGAUCAUCUAGUUGAGAACAUCGUUCGUUCGUGGACAUUCGCUGCCCUGGAGCAGGUGCUGCGUGAAACUUCUACAGGAUCACUUCCAUUUACUAGGCUCUCUAGAGAUCUAUCGACCGGCUCUUCAGGCAAGAGUCUUUCGUUUGGCGGCCGUAACAAAGAACAGAAGAUGAAGGUCUCAGAGCCCAAGUCGAUGAUCCACCCAUCUCGGUCGACAUCUCUGAACCAUGGGCGACCUGCAUCAGACAUGCCGUACGCACAGCCUGCCGCAAAUGCCCAGGUUGUAUUCGAGAAUGGCCAGUAUCACGAUCGACCACCGCCGAAUCAACAAAGCACAAUUCCUUCUGCUAAGAAUGGUUUGCAAGAACUGGCUGGUACCAGAGCACAAUUGCUCGCCAUUCAACGACGCCUGCUCGAACAUGCGGGCAAGAGCAUGGGUUGGAAUAUUGGUUGGAAUGCUAUCUUGGCGUCUCUCAAUGCGAAAGAAGAGCUAGCUGACAUUAAUUUGGAAGAUGACGAGGAGGAGGUGCAGGAGGAGGAGAGUGAGCCGAAGCAGGACGACUCACAUACCGGACCGGACGCUGAAGCCUUGAAGCCACGUCUUGGCAUAUCUGCUGGAGCGCUGGUCACAGCAAUGUUAUCCAUUAGGCAAUUCCGACAAUUCUACGAGGCCUUGAGUGAUCUCAUUGUCAAGCACUACAUGGCUGCAGGGCAAACGAAGUCAGCGGAGAGCGUGCUCGGGGAUCUGGCCGCCCUUAGGUUUGAGCUCGGCGACUUUGCGGCAGCCGCGAUGUACUUCGGACGUAUGGCGUCGUAUUUUGCAGAGAGCAGAUGGAACACCGUCGAGACGACCAUGCUCAAAAUGCACGCACGUUGCCUUAAGAAACUCAAUCGCAAGGACGAAUAUGUGCGAACAGUACUUGAUCUUUUAGCCAAGUCGGCGGCGAGUCGAAUGGCAUUCAAGAGCUCGGUCAAGCGAGCCAGCACGGCCGAUGCGGCUGAUAUGCCUCGUGACUGGCUGAACGACGACAAAGUGGAUACUACUGAUGUGUUUCACGAGCUCAUCAGCUACUCGCAGCAGCUACCGUACGAUGUCACGGUCCAGAUGCCGAAGUACUUUGGCGAUAUCUCGGUAGAACCGUAUGUUCGCCAUUACGAUGAUAGAGAUGGAUUUCAGCUACGCCUGCAAUUCAGGCAUCAUCUUGAGGACGAGAUCGAAAUCCGGGCAGCCAAGAUUCGCCUGGUCGGUGCAGUUUCAAAUCAAGCCAAGGACAUAUGGCUUGAAGAGACUGGAGCUAUACAGUUGAAGAAAGGCUUGAAUCGUAUGUGGAUCGGCUGCAACAUGAACACGACUGGGCCGUACAUGGUCGACAGGGUAGUACUGGAAGCAAAGCGCAUCAUUUUUGUACACGAGCCUUUUCAGAAGGCUGAAGCGACAACACCACUCGGCAUAAUCACUUCGGUCUCUGCGCAAUCGCUCAAAGCGGCGAAAAAAGCUCGUAUCCUGUGCUUCCCCCGUAGCGAAGCGUUCCAAGCCCGGAUCUAUCUUUCGCACUUCAUUCACAUCGAUAAGCCGCGGCACAUAGAGGUCGAGUGCUCGACUGGAUGGAACGAGAUUACGCGUGCAGAAAUUCGACUAAAGUCUGCCUCGGCAGGUUUACGACUGCGGACGGCAAACGCAAGCGUGGCUGCUGGAGAGAUUACGAUCGAUGAUAGUAAGCCAACACCGGGAGUUAUCGCUAUCGGUGGCAUAUCAGCAAAUUCGACAGCGACAUUGAAAAUACCUUACGAUAUGGAGACGAUAUUGCAAGAUCUGACAGUCAAGAUAGACGUUGACUACUACACCAAUGAUGGUCAAUUUCAGUACACGUCAACCUUCCUUAUCCCAGUCGAGUUGCCUCUAGACGUUAAUGUCCACGACCACUUCAAGGGCAAGUCACUCUUCUCGAAGUUUAACAUCAAAACCGCCAAUCAUGUACCAUUGGAACUCCUAGAUGUUGCAUUAGAAGGAUCAGAGGAGUUUGACGUGCACGCGCCAAGGCGUCCAAAAGAGUCUGUCCAUGUGUUUCCGAAGCAGCCCGUUGCAGUCACAUACAAGGUCACCAAGAAGACGAUGGACGCUGCGAAGAAGCGACAAAGCCGGAUUUCCACCACCGGUAGUCUAUCAUUGGCUGUUGAGUACCGAUGCUUGAACGAAGAUGUUCUCGACCGAGUGCGAAAGAUGUUUGCUGGUGCUGUCGAAGACAGCCCAGUGCACCGGUUGGCUCGUUUGCUUACCGACACAUUCGCCAGUCGAUUGGAGCAAGACAUCCUUCCACACCAGUACGAAAAGAUUGCGUUGCUGCAAAGGCUUGAUCUGGGCGCGUUCGAGGACGUUGGCUGGGCAGACUGUCUGGAAGGUCUGCCGCUCAUCAUUCGCGAUGACACGCAGACCUGGUUGCAGAAGUGGCAUGAAAAGCACAGGACUAUCCUGCUCACUAAGGAUGAUGUGUCAGACACAACGCAACAUGCAACCGCUCCGCCGUCGCCAUACCCACCCCGCCGGAUGGUCAUCACAGUGUCGAUUCCUCAAACCCACAUUUUACACACCGCAUCCCUAUCCUUCAACUCGCCCUCUUCAUCUCUACAAUCCACCAUCGCAACCGUAGGCCAGCCUCUCAUGACCACCCUCCGCAUCUCGCACACCCGUCGAUGGGCCUCACCUUCCAGUCUGCUCUCCGCCGCCAAUCUCACCGAAGUAAGCGAGCCCAUUGAUUUCGUUUACACAAUUGAUGUGAACCCCGAAGCCUGGCUUGUCGCCGGUCAACGACGCGCACACUUCACUGCCAGGGAAGAUGAAGAGUACGAAUGGCCGAUCAUGCUUAUUCCGCUUAAGCCCGGGAAUACGUUGUUGCCAAAUGUGGAUAUCCGUGCGAAGAUCAAGCCGAAGGAGGAGAAGGGGAAGCCGAGUAAUACGGAGGCGGAGAUCUUGAACUGCGAGACUGAUUAUCUGAGCUAUGGGGAGAGUGUUAUGGUUGUUCCGGAUGUGAGAAGUAGCACAGUGGGAAUAGUGGAUAUGAGUGUGGGUAGUCCGAGAAGUGUUGUUUGGUUGGAGAGUAGUGGACAGGCAGUUUAA